UUCAUCCUUGUCUCCCUCCCGCCGUCCAGCUGGGUUUUUAUCGCUUCCCCAACAAGCGCGCUCUCUUUUUGACGAUCCACAACCUUCUGCCACGUGGAAGGACAUCAAGACGCUGCGGGAAAGCGUUUCGACAAUAACCACAUUUGUAGAUCAUGGACAACUGGGAUGAGGUUACCACAAGUAAUGAAAGUGGAAUGAGCUCGUGGACCAGUGGUGGCCAAAGUUCCAGUUUUGGGAGACCGACUGAUAAAGUCAGCUCCUGGAACAGUGGAGGUGGUGGCUUUGGUGGCGGCAGAGGCCGAGGGUCCAGGGGAGGUGGUGGAGACUUCAAGAGUUUCUCUUCAGGAGCUGGUGAGAAUGGGAAUGAAGACAGCUCCUGGAACAGUGAUGGAGGCUUCAGGGGAAGAGGCAGAGGGGGCGGCAGAGGAUCAAGGGGAGGAGGCAUCCGAAAUGGGGAUGAUGGCAAUGAUGGCGGGUUUGGAGGUAGCCAGGGAGGCAGAGGUGUCAGGGGAGGCUUCCGGUCAGGUGGUGGUGAUGGAGGAGGAUUUGGCGGAGGAGGUUAUCGUGGACGAGAUGAAGAAGUUUUCUCUAAAGGCUCAACCAUGGAUGGGGAUGGUGGUGGAGAUGGUGGCAAUCCAGGUCCCCCAAAGGUGACCUAUGUGCCCGAAGCCCUCUGUGAGAAGGAGUCGUCUAUUUUUGCUCAUUAUGAGUCGGGCAUCAACUUUGAUAAGUACGAUGACAUCUUGGUCGAUGUCAGCGGCAGCAAUCCGCCAAAGGCUAUCAUGAGUUUUGAAGAGGCUGCCCUGUGUGAAUCUCUGAACAGGAACGUCAGUAAGUCUGGCUAUAAGAAGCCCACCCCAGUACAGAAGCAUGGCAUUCCCAUCAUCGCUGCUGGCCGGGACCUCAUGGCCUGUGCCCAGACUGGAUCUGGGAAAACGGCUGCAUUCCUACUGCCCAUACUGCAGCAGCUGAUGGUGGACGGCGUGGCAGCUAGUCAGUUCAGCGAGAUCCAGGAGCCAGAGGUUAUUAUAGUGGCCCCAACCAGGGAGCUGAUCAACCAGAUCUACAUGGAAGCCAGGAAGUUUGCCCAUGGAACUUGUGUGCGUCCAGUGGUGGUUUACGGUGGCAUAAGCACCGGUUACACCAUUCGCGAGAUACUGAAGGGCUGCAAUGUGCUCUGUGGGACUCCAGGAAGACUGAUGGACAUUAUUGGAAGAGGAAAGAUUGGCUUGAGCAAGCUGCGUUACCUGGUGCUGGAUGAGGCUGACAGGAUGCUGGACAUGGGCUUUGAGCCUGCGAUGCGCAAGCUGGUGGGGUCCCCAGGCAUGCCAGCUAAAGAGCACCGCCAGACCCUUAUGUUCAGCGCUACCUACCCCGAGGACAUCCAAAAACUGGCUGCUGACUUCCUGAAGAAGGACUAUCUGUUCCUUGCUGUGGGUGUGGUGGGUGGAGCCUGCAGUGAUGUGGAGCAGGUCGUGGUUCAGGUGACCAAGUUCUCCAAAAGAGACCAACUACUGGAGGUCCUGAAGACUACAGGGUCUGAACGCACAAUGGUCUUUGUGGAAACCAAGAGGCAGGCUGACUUUAUAGCAACGUUCCUGUGUCAGGAGAAGGUUAAUACUACUAGUAUUCACGGUGACCGUGAGCAGAGGGAGCGUGAACAGGCGCUCGGCGACUUCCGCUCAGGAAGGUGUCCUGUCCUGGUGGCCACCUCUGUUGCUGCCCGCGGACUGGACAUCAAGGAUGUCCAACACAUAGUCAACUUUGACCUCCCCAACAACAUUGAUGAGUACGUCCACCGCAUCGGGAGAACAGGUCGCUGUGGGAACACCGGGAGAGCUGUGUGUUUCUUUGACCCGGAGGCUGACAGCAACCUGGCACGCUCCCUGGUCAAAGUCCUGUCUGGGGCCCAGCAGGAGGUGCCCAAAUGGCUGGAGGAAGCUGCCUUCAGUGCUCAUGGCACCACAGGGUUCAACCCAGGUGGCAGAACCUUUGCCUCUACUGAUAGCAGGAAGGGUGGCUCUUUCCAGAGAGAUGGGGCAAGUCAUCUAGCUGCUGCCCUGAGCAGUGGCGCAGACGACGACGAAUGGGAGUGAUGAUGCACAUCUACAUUUCUUUUAGUUUUUGUUUUCAAGUCAUGUUUUGGUUCGAUUUAACUUUUCUUUUAGUGUUAUUUUAUUUAAAGAAAAUAAUUUUGCACUGCUUGAUAUUUCUGGAAAUGUGCGUGGUCCUGGAUAUGGGAAAACCCAUUAAUGUCAACCACUGGUUAAAAUCUGUGUGCUUGAGGUGAAACUUCACAAAUGAAUGUUCUAGCUAUUAUUAGUGCUACUGGUUCUUGUGGUUUGAAUUGUGACGCAUCACUUGAACUUAUUAUUUUCCCUUUUCACCCAAAUGUUUUACCUCGUUGAAAAUGUGCCAUUUACACCCUAGUGUGUUUUGAACUGAACUAUUGAGUAACGCGUGUCUGUCCCCAAAUAAUACCUGUAAAGCGUUGUAUUUCUGUAAGGAUUCUGCGUUUAGACCUAACUGUGGUUCUGUUAACCAGUCUGAGUUGACCCAAGUUUUGGAUCGCUUGUUGUAACUGAGGUACAAGAGUGCUUAUGUUGUAUAAAAUAUUCAUGGCAUUUUGUGCCAGGCAAAAUUAGUCAAUACAUUUGAUUUACAUGAUUAAUUCAUGCAGACAUUUGAAAUAUGGAUAAAGUCCCAUUUUAUUCAAAAUAAAGAAUGUCUUGGAUAA